AUGAACUUGUUAAAUCUGUUCGUCGCUUCUUCGCUUCUGUCUUCUGUUGCGAAGAAGCGACGAACAGAUUUAACAAGUUCAUCCAAGUAUCAGCUUCACAUCAAGCAAGAAACUUCUAGCCACAAAUCUUCAAGACGGCUGAGCAGAUUUACCUCAUCAAUACUCCCUGACACAUCAUCUUCCAGCACUUCUUCAUUAACUCAUACCUCAACCACUAGCACCACUAUCAAGUCCACAUCUACGUCUACUUUCAGUGUUCCGUCUACUCCAACCUCUACUACAAAUAUCUCUCCCACUGCAACCUCUACUGCAACCAUAUCAUCUUCUCCUACAUCUACCAGCACUACUUCAUCAACACCUAAAUCUACCAUCAGUAUCCAGUCUACUCCAACCUCAACAACAUCUAAGCUGCCAAUAGAAACCUUAACUUCAACUGCAUCACCCCCUCCUACAUCUACCCCCAUUAUUUCAUCCACUCAAAUCUCUUCCACCAUUAUACCACCCACAUCAACAUCUACUACACCAUCUACUUCUUCAACUAUAUCUACUACUGCUAAAUUAACGGACUCUACCUCAAGCCAAGAAACUCCACCAUCUUCAGUUAUUCCAUCUACAACAACUAAAAGCACCAUAACGGCAACAGGUUCUACUCAAACAACAACGAUCGCAACUCCUUUUGUGCCAACAGAUUCUGGUAUUUGUGAAGUUAGUGGAGAUCCACACUACUACACCUUUGAUAAUCAGGUUCACAACUUUAUGGGCACUUGUACUUACACUCUAUCUAAACUCUGUGAAGAUGAAAGCAGCCUAACAGACUUCAACGUGGAAGCAGCAAAUGAGAACAGAGGAGGCAACACCAGAGUCUCAUAUGUGAAAUAUGUAAAUGUAUAUGUCUAUGCACACAAGAUUACACUCGAGAAAAACAGAGUAGUCAAGGUUAAUGGACAGACAGUGACACUGCCAAUUCAGCUGCCACCUGAUGUAGAUGUAUUCAUCAGUGGUUCCAAUGUUAUGGUAACAACAGGCUUUGGAUUGAUAGUGAAGUUUGAUGGGAACCAUAAAGUCCAAGUAUCCAUCCCAGGAAACUACUCUGGUAAAGUCUGUGGACUUUGUGGAAAUUUCAACGGCAAUGCCAAAGAUGAUUUCCUAAAUCCGGAUGGUGUAUUAGAACCAAAUUCAAACAGCCUUGGAAACAGCUGGCAGGUUGAUAAUGACACAAGAUGUACUCCAGGAGUUGACCAUCCAUCUAAUUGUACCGAUGACGAUAAAAACAACAUUGUCAGCAAUGGCUUCUGUGGAAUUAUCACUGAUAAGGAGGGUCCAUUCAAAAAUUGCCAUAAUGUUAUCAAUCCUCUAGUAUACUUUGAUAACUGUGUAUAUGAUUUGUGUGAAACCAACCUGGAUAAGGAAAUAUUGUGUGAUAGCCUUCAAGCUUAUGCUGAGUCCUGUCAGUCUAAUGGUGUUACAAUAGAAGCUUGGAGAAAUGACACUUUCUGUCCACUGAAGUGUCCUCCAAACAGUCACUAUGAACAAUGUGGAACUGCCUGCCCAGCUACCUGCGUCAACCCAGGAGCCCCAUCCACCUGUACUCUGCCGUGUACUGAAUCCUGUAUAUGUGAUCCAGGUUUUGUCCUUUAUGGCAAUAAAUGUGUUCCAGAUGACAAAUGCGGAUGCUGGGAUGAUGAUAAGUAUCAUCCUGUAGACUCAGAAUUCUGGACAGAUGAUACUUGUUCCAUAAAAUGCAAAUGUCCAUCAGCUGGGAGUGGCCUAGUGUGUAGCCCUGACUCUUGUCCCAGCAACCAGUAUUGUGGAAUUUCAAAUGGUGUACCUGGUUGCCACUACUUCACAUAUGGAGUUUGUCGUGUUCAUAAUGAUCCUCAUUAUGACACUUUUGACAGACUGAAUCACAACUUUAUGGGUCUAUGCACAUACACGCUUGCAAAACUUUGCAACAAUACUUCUUCUCCACAGUAUUUCAAUAUUCAAGCCAAAAAUGAACACCGUGGAGAUCCCACUGUGUCAUUUGUGAAGCAUGUUCUUGUAGAAGUUUAUGGCCAAAAAGUUCAAAUGGUGAAAAAUGAAGUAGAUCGUGUUUUGGUCAAUGAAGUCUGGACUACACUUCCAGUCACAUUAGUUGGAGGAGCAGUAACUGUCCGAUGGACUGGAAAAUAUGUCAGCCUCCAAACCGAUUUUAGGUUGACUGUCUCAUAUGAUGUAGAUACCUCUGUGGAGGUGAAACUUCCUAGCAACUUCUCUGGCCUAACAUGUGGAAUGUGUGGUAACUUUAACAGCCGUAGACAAGAUGAUUACAUGAUGCCCAAUGGUCUGCAGGCUGCAAACUCUGAACAGCUAGGCCAGAGCUGGAUGGUAGAAGAUGAUGAUCCACUUUGUAAUCCAGAGGAUCCUGAGCCCUCACCACCACCAUCCUGCACACCAGAGGCAGAUGAACUAUAUAGAAGUGAUGGAUUCUGUGGUCUUUUGCUAAGUAAAAAUGGUCCUUUCCAUUUAUGUAAUGCUGUCAUCAGUCCUGGAGGGUUUGUUGAAAGCUGCGUAUUUGACAUGUGUGCACUUAAUGGAGAUCCAGACACUCUCUGCAGUCUAUUAGCAGCAUAUGCUGAUGCUUGCCAAAAGGAAGGCAUUUCUAUAACUUGGAGAAACAGCACAUUCUGUCCUCAUCCAUGUCCCAUCAACAGUCACUUUAGCACAUGUGCAUCCGCCUGUCCUGCGACAUGUGUAGAGCCACAUCCCACAGGAAACUGCAAUUUACCAUGUUCUGAAGGAUGCGAGUGUGAUGCUGGAUAUGUCAUCAGUGGUGGAACUUGUGUUCCUGAGUCACAUUGUGGCUGCUUGUAUAAUGACAUUUACUACAAGGAAGAGGAACAAUUCGUUCACGGUAACUGUGAGAGCCAGUGUACCUGUCACGGAAAAAACAAUGUGUCCUGUAUACCAUUGUCCUGCGCAGAAGAUGAAAUCUGCAAGGUGCAAGAUGGAUUACUGGGCUGCUAUAAACCAAGCACAGCAAUUUGCCACAUAUAUGGAGACCCCCAUUAUACAACCUUUGACGGAACAGUGCAUCACUUCCAGGGAGCUUGUACUUAUACUGUGACAGAGACAUGUGCUAAUACAUCACACAGCUUUAGUGUCACCACACGUAAUGAGCACAGAGGUAACCCAAGCUGGACGGCCAUUAAUUCUGUUACUCUGAAUGUUAAUGGGAUAAAGAUCUUCAUUGGAAAAGACAACAUUGUACAUGUUAAUGAUGUGACUGUCACACUUCCUGCUAACGUGUCUGACAUAAUCAUCACACAACAUGGUCAAUAUGUUACAGUCAGCACAAACUUUGGCCUUGAAGUUCAGUUUAAUGGUGAUCAUGAAUUGUUUGUGAGAGUGAAAGAGUAUUACAAGGGAGCACUAUGCGGUUUGUGUGGCUCCUACAAUGAUAACCGGUUUGAUGACUUCACAAUACCCGAUGGCAGCAUUGUAACUAAUGUCAAUGACUUUGGAAACAGCUGGAGAGUCCCAGAUGACGGAUGGCCAUGUGAUUCCACUCCUCCACCUCCACCAAUAUGUCCUCCUAAUAUCCAACAAGAGGCCGAACAGAAGUGCUGGAUUAUUAGGCAAAAUAAUGGACCAUUCAAACCCUGCCAUGCCUUUAUCCGCCCCCACCAGUACUAUGAGAGCUGCGUGUUUGACCAGUGUGUGACAGGAGGAAAUGACGAUCUGAUAUGCAGUGUCCUACAGUCUUAUGCUGCAGCUUGUGAAUCACUGGGCAUUUCCUUAGGGGACUGGAUAAAUAAUACUAUUUGUGAUCCAAACAAACCAUCAACAACUCCCCCUGCAACAACCACUUCAUCUACGCACCCACAACCAGGCUCAACUACAGUAACAACCCCAUCAGCAACUCCAACAAAUACACCACCACCAACUCCAACAACUGUAACAGCAACAACUCAAACAACUACACCACCACCAACUCCAACAACUGUAACAAUAAUGACUCCAACAACUACACCACCAACAACUCCAACAACUGUAACAGCAACAACUCCAACAACUACACCACCACCAACUCCAACAACUGUAACAAUAACUACUUCAACAACUACACCACCACCAACUCCAACAAUUGUAACAACUACUCCAAUAACUGUAACAACAACUACUCCAAAAACUACACCACCACCAACUCCAACAAUUGUAACUACUCCAACAACUGUAACAACAACGACUCCAAAAACUACACCACCAUUAACUCCAACAACUGUAACAAUAACGACUCCAACAACUACACCACCACCGACUCCAACAAUUGUAACAACUACUCCAACAACUGUAACAACAACGACACCAACAACUACAACUACUACAAUCACCACUACUACUGCUACAACACCUGAAAGUUCUACUCAAACAACAACGAUCGCAACUCCUUUUGUGCCAACAGAUUCUGGUAUUUGUGAAGUUAGUGGAGAUCCACACUACUACACCUUUGAUAAUCAGGUUCACAACUUUAUGGGCACUUGUACUUACACUCUAUCUAAACUCUGUGAAGAUGAAAGCAGCCUAACAGACUUCAACGUGGAAGCAGCAAAUGAGAACAGAGGAGGCAACACCAGAGUCUCAUAUGUGAAAUAUGUAAAUGUAUAUGUCUAUGCACACAAGAUUACACUCGAGAAAAACAGAGUAGUCAAGGUUAAUGGACAGACAGUGACACUGCCAAUUCAGCUGCCACCUGAUGUAGAUGUAUUCAUCAGUGGUACCAAUGUUAUGGUAACAACAGGCUUUGGAUUGAUAGUGAAGUUUGAUGGGAACCAUAAAGUCCAAGUAUCCAUCCCAGGAAACUACUCUGGUAAAGUCUGUGGACUUUGUGGAAAUUUCAACGGCAAUGCCAAAGAUGAUUUCCUAAAUCCGGAUGGUGUAUUAGAACCAAAUUCAAACAGCCUUGGAAACAGUUGGCAGGUUGAUAAUGACACAAGAUGUACUCCAGGAGUUGACCAUCCAUCUAAUUGUACCGAUGACGAUAAAAACAACAUUGUCAGCAAUGGCUUCUGUGGAAUUAUCACUGAUAAGGAGGGUCCAUUCAAAAAUUGCCAUAAUGUUAUCAAUCCUCUAGUAUACUUUGAUAACUGUGUAUAUGAUUUGUGUGAAACCAACCUGGAUAAGGAAAUAUUGUGUGAUAGCCUUCAAGCUUAUGCUGAGUCCUGUCAGUCUAAUGGUGUUACAAUAGAAGCUUGGAGAAAUGACACUUUCUGUCCACUGAAGUGUCCUCCAAACAGUCACUAUGAACAAUGUGGAACUGCCUGCCCAGCUACCUGCGUCAACCCAGGAGCCCCAUCCACCUGUACUCUGCCGUGUACUGAAUCCUGUAUAUGUGAUCCAGGUUUUGUCCUUUAUGGCAAUAAAUGUGUUCCAGAUGACAAAUGCGGAUGCUGGGAUGAUGAUAAGUAUCAUCCUGUAGACUCAGAAUUCUGGACAGAUGAUACUUGUUCCAUAAAAUGCAAAUGUCCAUCAGCUGGGAGUGGCCUAGUGUGUAGCCCUGACUCUUGUCCCAGCAACCAGUAUUGUGGAAUUUCAAAUGGUGUACCUGGUUGCCACUACUUCACAUAUGGAGUUUGUCGUGUUCAUAAUGAUCCUCAUUAUGACACUUUUGACAGACUGAAUCACAACUUUAUGGGACUAUGCACAUACACGCUUGCAAAACUUUGCAACAAUACUUCUUCUCCACAGUAUUUCAAUAUUCAAGCCAAAAAUGAACACCGUGGAGAUCCCACUGUGUCAUUUGUGAAGCAUGUUCUUGUAGAAGUUUAUGGCCAAAAAGUUCAAAUGGUGAAAAAUGAAGUAGAUCGUGUUUUGGUCAAUGAAGUCUGGACUACACUUCCAGUCACAUUAGUUGGAGGAGCAGUAACUGUCCAAUGGACUGGAAAAUAUGUCAGCCUCCAAACCGAUUUUAGGUUGACUGUCUCAUAUGAUGUAGAUACCUCUGUGGAGGUGAAACUUCCUAGCAACUUCUCUGGCCUAACAUGUGGAAUGUGUGGUAACUUUAACAGCCGUAGACAAGAUGAUUACAUGAUGCCCAAUGGUCUGCAGGCUGCAAACUCUGAACAGCUAGGCCAGAGCUGGAUGGUAGAAGAUGAUGAUCCACUUUGUAAUCCAGAGGAUCCUGAGCCCUCACCACCACCAUCCUGCACACCAGAGGCAGAUGAACUAUAUAGAAGUGAUGGAUUCUGUGGUCUUUUGCUAAGUAAAAAUGGUCCUUUCCAUUUAUGUAAUGCUGUCAUCAGUCCUGGAGGGUUUGUUGAAAGCUGCAUAUUUGACAUGUGUGCACUUAAUGGAGAUCCAGACACUCUCUGCAGUCUAUUAGCAGCAUAUGCUGAUGCUUGCCAAAAGGAAGGCAUUUCUAUAACUUGGAGAAACAGCACAUUCUGUCCUCAUCCAUGUCCCAUCAACAGUCACUUUAGCACAUGUGCAUCCGCCUGUCCUGCGACAUGUGUAGAGCCACAUCCCACAGGAAACUGCAAUUUACCAUGUUCUGAAGGAUGCGAGUGUGAUGCUGGAUAUGUCGUCAGUGGUGGAACUUGUGUUCCUGAGUCACAUUGUGGCUGCUUGUAUAAUGACAUUUACUACAAGGAAGAGGAACAAUUCGUUCACGGUAACUGUGAGAGCCAGUGUACCUGUCACGGAAACAACAAUGUGUCCUGUAUACCAUUGUCCUGCGCAGAAGAUGAAAUCUGCAAGGUGCAAGAUGGAUUACUGGGCUGCUAUAAACCAAGCACAGCAAUUUGCCACAUAUAUGGAGACCCCCAUUAUACAACAUUUGACGGAACAGUGCAUCACUUCCAGGGAGCUUGUACUUAUACUGUGACAGAGACAUGUGCCAAUACAUCACACAGCUUUAGUGUCACCACACGUAAUGAGCACAGAGGUAACCCAAGCUGGACGGCCAUUAAUUCUGUUACUCUGAAUGUUAAUGGGAUAAAGAUCUUCAUUGGAAAAGACAACAUUGUACAUGUUAAUGAUGUGACUGUCACACUUCCUGCUAACGUGUCUGACAUAAUCAUCACACAACAUGGUCAAUAUGUUACAGUCAGCACAAACUUUGGCCUUGAAGUUCAGUUCAAUGGUGAUCAUGAAUUGUUUGUGAGAGUGAAAGAGUAUUACAAGGGAGCACUAUGCGGUUUGUGUGGCUCCUACAAUGAUAACCGGUUUGAUGACUUCACAAUACCCGAUGGCAGCAUUGUAACUAAUGUCAAUGACUUUGGAAACAGCUGGAGAGUCCCAGAUGACGGAUGGCCAUGUGAUUCCACUCCUCCACCUCCACCAAUAUGUCCUCCUAAUAUCCAACAAGAGGCCGAACAGAAGUGCUGGAUUAUUAGGCAAAAUAAUGGACCAUUCAAACCCUGCCAUGCCUUUAUCCGCCCCCACCAGUACUAUGAGAGCUGCGUGUUUGACCAGUGUGUGACAGGAGGAAAUGACGAUCUGAUAUGCAGUGUCCUACAGUCUUAUGCUGCAGCUUGUGAAUCACUGGGCAUUUCCUUAGGGGACUGGAUAAAUAAUACUAUUUGUGAUCCAAACAAACCAUCAACAACUCCCCCUGCAACAACCACUUCAUCUACGCACCCACAACCAGGCUCAACUACAAUAACAACCCCAUCAGCAACUCCAACAAAUACACCACCACCAACUCCAACAACUGUAACCGCAACAACUCCAACAACUACACCACCACCAACUCCAACAACUGUAACAAUAAUGACUCCAACAACUACACCACCAACAACUUCAACAACUGUAACAGCAACAACUCCAACAACUACACCACCACCAACUCCAACAACUGUAACAAUAACUACUUCAACAACUACACCACCACCAACUCCAACAAUUGUAACAGCAGAAACUCCAACAACUACACCACCACCAACUCCAACAACUGUAACAGCAACAACUCCAACAUCUACACCACCACCAACUCCAACAACUGUUACAAUAAUGACUCCAACAACUACACCACCAACAACUUCAACAACUGUAACAGCAACAACUCCAACAACUACACCACCACCAACUCCAACAACUGUAACAAUAACUACUUCAACAACUACACCACCACCAACUCCAACAAUUGUAACAGCAGAAACUCCAACAACUACACCACCACCAACUCCAACAACUGUAACAGCAACAACUCCAACAACUACACCACCACCAACUCCAACAACUGUAACAAUAACUACUUCAACAACUACACCACCACCAACUCCAACAAUUGUAACAGCAGCAACUCCAACAACUACACCACCACCAACUCCAACAAUUGUAACAACUAUUCCAACAACUGUAACAACAACGACUCCAAAAACGACACCACCACCAACUCCAACAAUUGUAACAACUACUCCAACAACUGUAACAACAACGAUUCCAACAACUACAACUACUACAAUCAUCACUACUACUGCUACAACACCUGAAACUGCUACAAUCUGCAGUGCCUCUGGAGAUCCUCACUACAACACAUUUGAUGGUGCAGUUCACCAUUACAUGGGGAACUGCAGCUACACACUCACAAAACUAUGCAAUGUAUCAUCUAUUGAAUUCCCAUACUUCCAUGUCUACACCACCAAUGAGCACAGAGGAGGCAACACCAAAGUGUCCUAUAUCCAGUCAGUACAUGUAGAAAUGUACAACACUAAUUUUACAUUGCUGAAGAACAAAAAGCUAAAUGUUGAUGGAAAGAGAACAAACCUACCAACGGCUCUAGAAAGUAGAGUCAGAGUGCACAUCAGUGGCAAUUACUUAAUUUUGCAGACUGACUUUGGACUACAAGUGAGGUUUGAUGGUAACCAUUACAGUGAUGUUUCUCUACUCUCAACAUUCAAGGGCCAUGUGUGUGGACUGUGUGGCAACUACAAUGACAAUGCAAGAGAUGACUCUUUAAAGCCUGAUGGCAGUACAGCAUCAAGUUCAAAUGAACUUGGAGAUAGCUGGCUGGUUGACCGAGAUAAUAAAGUGUGUGGAAGUCAAGACAUUGAAAAUUGUGAUCCAAAUCUUGAAGCAGAAUACAGCAAGGAUACAGUCUGUGGCAUUAUAACCGAUACUGCAGGAAUCUUCAAGGACUGCCAUGCUCUUGUGAAUCCUGAUAAUUUCUUUGAAAACUGUGUAAUAGACAUGUGUCUCACUGGUGGCGACUCAAAUUCCCUAUGUUACGCUGUGCAAGCAUAUGCUCAACAGUGUUCAGAUGCUGGAAUAUGUGUUGAAUGGAGAUCAGACACCUUCUGCCCCAUUUCCUGCCCUGCAAGAAGCUUCUAUAAGAGCUGUGGGACUACAUGCCCUGCCACUUGCUUCAACUCUCCACCAGUGGCACCAUGCAAGCUGGAGUCAGUAGAAGGUUGCUUCUGUAAUGACUCUUAUGUCCUGAGCGGAGACAGAUGUGUUAAUGAGACUGAUUGUGGCUGUGUUGAUGACAAUAAUAACUCUUAUCAGCUUGGAGAAAGUUGGUUCACCUAUGAGAACUGCACUCAGCGCUGCACAUGCAAUAACAAUAAAAACAUUGUUUGUGAGAAUUGGCAGUGCGGAACCCUGGAAAAUUGCAAGCGGCAGGAUGGAGUAUUAGGAUGUCAAUCCUCUGGUAUCACUGCUUGCCACGUGUCUGGAGAUCCUCACUUCUACACAUUUGAUAAAGUCAUGCACAGUUUCAUGGGCACAUGUACAUAUGUUCUGGUGGACAUUUGUGAUAAGAGAAGUGUCAUCCCAUUUACCAUCAAAGGAAAGACGGAGGACCGUGGACAGAGGGCAGCAACAUACUUGAAAGAAGUUUACAUUGAUGUUUAUGAUUUCCGUAUCACCUUGCAGAAGGACAGGAAAACUCUUGUGGAUAACACACGCAUCCAAACACCAUGGUCUGGAAAUGUGAAAGGUAUCAGCAUUGGAAAUGUCGGUCUCUACACUGUUGUGACCACAGACUUUGGAAUGAUUGUGAAGUUUGAUGGAAAUCACCACCUGGAGAUUGUCCUCCCUGAUGCUUACUUUGGAAAGGCAUGUGGUAUGUGCGGUAAUUUCAAUACCCAGACAAAUGAUGAGUUACUGAUGCCAAACGGACUUCUGGCAGCCAAUGUUACCCAGUUUGGAAACAGCUGGAAAUCAGAAGAAGACAGCGACAAAAACUGCAUGGAUGAUACACGAGUUGAUCUUGCUCCACCAUGUACGACUGCUACAAGACCAAACAUUCAGAACCAGUGCAAUGUUCUCCUGACAGACACAUUCAAAGCAUGUCAUAAUCUAGUGAGCGCAGACCUGUUUAUUGAGAGCUGUGUAUAUGACAUGUGCAGAUACAAUGGCAUGGUGUCUACCCUGUGUGCUAUUGUCCAAGCCUAUGUUGAUGCCUGCAGAACCCAAGGAGUAAACAUCAAAUGGAGAAGUCCCUCUCUCUGCCCUUUUUGGAUAUGCCAUGUAAUCAAGUAUUUCUCUACUGCAGCAUUGGCAUGUCCCAAAAACAGUCACUAUACAGACUGUGCGUCCCUAUGUCCAUCUACUUGCACCAACAUCUAUGCUCCAGAUGUCUGCGACAAGCCAACAACCUGUAUGGAAGGCUGCGUCUGCGAUAAUGGCUAUGCUCUAAGCGGUGACCAGUGUGUUCCACUUAAAUCUUGUGGCUGCAGGGAUUCCAACGAUAAUUACUACAAUAUUGAUGAGAGCUGGAUUACUCCACACUGCACACAGAAAUGUGAGUGCAAGAAGGGCAAUGAAAUCAAAUGUAAAUCAUUCAGCUGUCCACAUGGAGUCUGCAGUGUGAACAAGAAUGGUCAUUACAAUUGCAAACCAACAGGUUUCUCCAAGUGCAACAUUGCUGGUGAUCCGCAUUAUCACACAUUCGAUGGGUUAAACCAUCACUUCCAGGGGAAGCAGACAUAUAUAUUAGCAAGAACAUCCCCUGCUUUAUCUGAUUACAUGGAGCCAUUUAAAAUCGAAGGCAAAAAUGAAGCCAUGUUUCCCUUUAGCCGGUUCAGUUUACUCAGGGAGCUGCGUAUUGAAGUUUACAACCACGUUAUAUUAUUCAAACAGAACAAGAUUUUAGUGCUGGAUAGUGUGAGAACAGCGCCCCCCGUACGUCCACAUGAAGGAAUACAUAUUUAUCAGAGACCAACAAGAAUAUACCUGGAGACUGAUUUUGGUCUUUCUAUCAGCUUUGAUGGCAAAGAAAAUGCAGAAAUUGUUGUGCCAAAUACAUACCAGGAAAUGCUCCAGGGACUGUGUGGAAACUUUGAUGGAAGACGCAACAAUGAUUUUACCACUCCAGAAGGAAGACUUCUGGGUGAUGUAGAAUCAUUCGGCGAAAGUUGGAAUAUCAGGUCACUUACGCCAGCCUCAAGAUUCAGGCGUGACACUUUGGUAGCAUUGCAAGAGGAAGAUAUAAUAUUAAACACAGGAGAUAAUUUUGCCUGCUCUGCUUCUGGCCUAGCAUUUGUGAACAGUUCUUCAUUCUGUGGAGUUAUGAGAGACAUCAAUGGCCCAUUUAAAAACUGUAUCCCAUACGUCUCCCCAGAAGACUUUAUUGUGGACUGCAUAUUCGACACCUGUGCUGAGUUCCAGAGCAGGGAAUUACUCUGUUUGAAUCUUGAACAAUACUCUAUUGCCUGUCAGCAAAAUGAAACGAUAGUUGAUGACUGGAGACAACUCACUGGUUGUGCAAUGACUUGCGGUAGCAACAGUUUAUAUGCAAACCGCAUGAAUGCCUGUCCAGCAUCCUGCAGCAAUAUGGCAUCUGAGUCUGAGUGUGAGGUACCUUCCUGUGAAGGAUGUCAGUGUGAACCAGGCUACAUUCUUAGUGGUUAUGACUGUGUACCAUAUAUUGAUUGUGGAUGCACCUUCGUUGGCAAGUACUACAAGGUAACACCACGGAUGUAA